AACUUAACUCGCACUCCCAAGUCAACGCGGCGAGUUGCUCACCUCUUCUCCUCCUGUAAAGUUCUCUCUUCUGUGUGACGGAGAGCGUUAAAAAAGAAAAACUUCAGGAGGUGAAAUAAACGAAAGGAGACACAAACUUCUCUACGCGAAACGAAGCAGGAGGAUUUUAAAACCAGAAACCCCGGGACCAGAGCCCCUCUUUCUGCGGGCAAAGGCGGCUCAACUUUUUUCUUCUUUUUUUUUUUUUUUUAAACUGCAACCACAAAAAAUGAAUCGGAGCUUUAAUAAGUCGCAACCUCUGCGGAAUGCGGAUUGUAACGCCGUGGAAGUGAAAAGCAAGUAUGGGGCGGAGUUUCGCCGCUUCUCGGUGGACCGGGUCAAGCCCGGCAAGUUUGAGGAGUUUUACAAGCUCAUCCUGCACAUUCAUCGCAUCGCCAACAUGGAGGUGAUGAUCGGCUACGCUGACAUCCACGGCGACCUGCUGCCGAUCAAUAACGACGACAACUUCUGCAAGGCGGUGUCGACGGCUCAUCCACUGCUCAGGAUCUUCAUACAGAGACAAGAAGAGGCGGACUAUGCAAGCUAUGGCACCAACACAUUAACUCGUAAGAAGAAGGCAGUGGUCGCACUGCGCAACAACGACAUCAACCGCAAGAGGCCACACAUCCGCAUCGGCAUGCCACAGGACUUCCGGCCCGUCUCCUCCAUCAUUGACGUGGACAUCUUACCUGAGUCUCACCGCCGUGUCCGGCUGUAUCGUCACGGCUCGGACAAGCCGCUGGGCUUUUACAUCCGGGAUGGAACCAGCGUGCGCGUGACCCCGCACGGGCUCGAGAAAGUCCCCGGUAUCUUCAUUUCCCGGCUGGUGCCUGGAGGGUUGGCGGAGAGCACCGGGCUGCUGGCGGUUAACGAUGAGGUGCUGGAGGUGAACGGCAUUGAAGUGACGGGGAAAUCCCUAGAUCAGGUUACGGAUAUGAUGAUCGCCAACAGCCACAACCUGAUCGUGACAGUCAAGCCGGUGAACCAGCGUAAUAAUGUGGUCCGCAGCAGCAGGAUCUCCGGGAGCUCGGGCCAGUCGUCUGACAGCAGCGGGUCAACUGGUUACCCGAGUUUGUCAGUGGCCUCAGCGGGGGUGAUAACCCCUGGAGCUCAUGGUUACCAAGAUGACCUGGAGAGUGAUGAGGAGACUGAUAUUGUCAUCGAGAGCAGCAUGAAACGGCCGUCUCAGAGGUCAAAUGCUUCCCUGGCGUCCAGCGCGUCUCGCACACACCAGCAGACGCCAACAACAGCUUCAGGCCCGGUGGCACCGCCAAGCCCACCCUCACGUCCGCCAUCAGUGGUCUCCACUGCCUCCUUCCACUCCCAGCCCAGCCUCAACGGAGGGUCCCACCACCAACACCACCACCACCACCACCAACAACACCACCACAGCAGCCUCAGCUACCAGCUCCACAGAGACCUGAGCCUGAACCAGCACAACCCGCACCAACAGUCGCAGCACCGCCAUCACCAAGCACAGCCUCCGCAUCACAGCAGCAACCCAGCCCUCCGCCACAGCAACGGCAGCCUGCACAAAAUCCUCAGCUCCCUGAAAACGGACCCACGACACAGUCUCGCACUGCCCAGGGGAGGGGUGGAGGAGGACGGCACCGUCAUUACCCUAUAAUACUUACAAACACACACACACAGACAGAAACAUCCCAACUGCUCAAAGACUUAAACUGGAACAUCAGGCCGGAUAUAUAUGAGCACAAGUGUGUUUUGUCAAAUACUAAUUUUGUAACUUCUGUUUGUUUUUACAAGAUGAUUGAUAAUUGGAAGUUACAAGCCAGGAAACAAGAAAAAGUGUAUAUAUUUCCUGUAUUUUUUAAAGUUGUCAUUGUCUUACAUCAAAAGAUUUGUACGUAUGUAUGUAAUAAGCAUCAGAACAAAUAACUGUUUUUAGGCGAGUCCACUGUAUUCUAGAGUUCUGAAUGUGCCUACAGCCUAAUAUCUUUUGUUAGUGACCACUUUUAUUAAGAUCCUUUUCAUUCUUAUUACUGGGACCAACUUGGGGUUGCUUAUGGAUGUUUUUAAAGAGUAAAUCUAUAUUUCUUAUAUUCUGAUAAAUGCUGUUUAGAGUAUGAUUUUUUUUAAUAGUUCUUUUAUGCAUUGAUGAUUGUGAUCAAAUCCUUGUAUCUGUUCCAAUAAAUUAUUCUAAGUCUGCAAA